CGGCGACGUUCACCUGUUCCACUUUUUCUGUGCCCCAUCGAGGAACUUGUUCGAAUAGAAAUAAAAUUGCCCGUAAUGCCCACACCGCCCUUUUCGCAACACCGUCGAGACUGGUUGAACGAGGUUUUUGAGAUAUUUACGAAGAAAGAUCAGAGCAAAGGGUUGAAGAAAACGACUGCGAAUAGCAUCCAGAAAGGAAAUUUCCAAAGUGUAACCUUGAAAGCUUGCGAUUCGGCUGUUGAUUUGAAAGAUGGUGCUUCCGCAAAAGAUCAAGCAGUGGCUUACCGACCAGGACGGACUUGAUAAGUUGAGACUGGAAGAGACGAAUUGUUCCAUACCAGGUGAAGAUGAGGUGCUUGUGGAAAUUCAUUCUGUUAGUUUGAAUUAUCGGGACACUGAGGUUUGCAUGGGUCUCUAUAAUCAUCACAAUUCCGUCGAGCAAUUACCUGCAGUCGUACCUUGCAGCGACAUGUGUGGUAUCGUUGUUGCAGUCGGUCCAGUGUCUAAGAACUCUUCUGAUCCCUACAAAAACCCGGCAUUCGGUCUUCAAAUCGGUGAUCGAGUCAUGAGUACUUUCGCGCAGACCCAUCUCACAGGUCAAAUCGAAGCCAAAGAUCUGGGGAGCGGCCUCGGAGGUCCAGCACCUGGAGUGCUCACCCAGUACCGUGUGUUCCCCACUUACGGCCUUGUGAAGGUUCCUGAAUACAUGUCCGACGAUGAGGCAGCAUGUCUCUCUAUCGCUGCAAUGACUGCAUGGAUGAGUCUGAACUGUAUGCGCUCCAAUGGGGAAAUCAUUGGCAAAGGCGAAACGGUUGUAUGCCAAGGAACCGGAGGAGUCUCCAUCUCGGCAGCUCAGAUUGCUUCCGCGGCCGGCGCGCACACUAUCGUCACUUCCUCUAGCGACGAGAAAUUGCAACGCGCAGCCCAACUCGGCGCGAAAGAUGUAAUCAAUUACCGUACCAACCCUAACUGGGAUGCCAUAGUUCUUGAGAAAACCUCAACCCGCGGCGCCGAUAUUGUGAUCGAAGUUGGCGGCGCCACGACUCUCCGCAAGUCCUUUGAGUGCGUGCGAUUCGGCGGUCUGAUUGCAUGCAUUGGAUAUUUGAGUGGCAAGCAAGAUGAAGAGGGGGACAGAACGAAUACCAACUUGCUGUGCUUGAAGAGGAACGUUACGUUGAAGGGUAUUCUUAAUGGGCCAAGGGACGAACUGGAGAGGAUGUUGAGGUUCUAUGAGCAAAAGCAGAUCAGGCCGGUCGUUGAUCGAACUUUCACGUUUGACGAGGCGAAUGAAGCGCUACAUUAUCUGUUUAGUGGAGGACAUUUUGGAAAAGUUGUUAUCAAGGUAAAGGCCUGAGUUGGACGAG